CCGCGCGGGGUUCCGGAGCGCUGUGUGCCGGCGGCCGGGCUGAUCCUAGCAGCCGGGAAGGGACUGGCUGGGCGCUGGGCCUGGGCAGCGCUAGGAGCCGCCUAUUGUUCGCUGCGGUGCAGGCUCCUAGGAGCGGCUGCUGAGCCCGGAGGCGGGAGGGGGCGCCGCGGGCACAGGAUGUCGGUGGCGGGGCUGAAGAAGCAGUUCCACAAGGCCAGCCAGGUGAGGAGAGGAAAGUGAGACAAAAGGAAAAGAGAGAGAGGAAAUGAAGAGGAGAGUAAACAACAAGAGCAAGAGAGAGAGAAAAUCACAAGAUGUGAGGCAACUGAGAGCAGACUACAUGGAGAUUCAGUGCAAGAGAGAGAAGAGAAUAAACUGCAAGGCAAAGAGGUGAGAUUAAGAGUUGUUCAGUGAAAAAAUUAGUGGAGCAGAAGGAACAAAACUAGAUGAAGAUUUUCAAGAAAUGGAAAGGAAAAUUGAUGUCACCAGCAAAGCUAUAGCAGAGCUUCUGUCAAAAUCCACAGAGUAUCUUCAGCCAAAUCCCGCAUACAGAGCCAAGCUGGGAAUGCUGAACACUAUGUCGAAGAUCAGGGGACAAGUUAAAACCACAGGAUAUCCCCAGACAGAAGGGCUUUUAGGGGAUUGUAUGCUACGGUAUGGCAGAGAACUUGGGGAGGAUUCUACGUUCGGCAAUGCACUGCUGGAUGUUGGUGAAAGCAUGAAGCAGAUGGCAGAGGUGAAGGACUCUCUUGAUAUUAACGUCAAGCAAAACUUUAUUGAUCCUCUACAGUUAUUACAAGACAAAGACUUAAAAGAGAUUGGGCAUCAUCUGAAGAAACUAGAAGGCCGUCGUUUGGAUUAUGACUAUAAAAAGAAGCGUUUAGGGAAGAUCCCAGAUGAAGAAGUUAAACAAGCAGUUGAAAAAUUUGAAGAGUCAAAGGAGCUGGCAGAAAGAAGCAUGUUCAACUUUUUAGAAAAUGAUGUAGAGCAAGUUAGCCAGUUGGCAGUAUUUAUAGAAGCAGCAUUAGACUACCAUAAACAGUCCACAGAAAUUCUGGAGGAACUGCAGAGCACACUGCAAAACCGAAUAAAUGGAGCAUCCAGUCGUCCUAAGCAUGAAUUCAAGCCAAAACCUGUAAUAACUUCAGCUCUGGAAAUCAGUGAUAAUCAACAGCACAAUGGGAUUUCAUACAUUUCUUCAAUAAAAUCAUCAGGUUCUUCAGUGCACAUGGAUCAGCCUUGCUGCCAAGCUCUGUAUGACUUUGAGCCAGAAAAUGAAGGCGAGCUUGGGUUUAAGGAAGGCGACAUCAUUACUUUGACCAAUCAAAUUGAUGAGAAUUGGUACGAAGGGAUGUUAAAUGGAGAGUCUGGCUUCUUCCCCAUUAAUUAUGUUGAAGUGAUGGUACCUUUGCCUCAGUGAACACCUAAUGCAAACCAUGAACAUAAUUUCAUGAUUGAAAUGGAUUCACAAUUUUUUCAUGAAUGUGGCAUUCUGUGAAAGCCUUGCUAUUUGACUGACAGAUUUUUGUAUGCAUCUUUUUUAAAUGUAUUUAUUUUGUAUUCCUUUAGUUUGUAUAAAAAAAAACAAACCCAACCCUUCCUUGGCUACGUGAAAAUGCAAAAAAGACAACCUCUACUUUUUUUUGCUUUUGUGCCUGGAAGAUUACUGUCUGAGGUGUUUACUGGUAGCUCACUGUUGCUCCACAAAUGUACUCCUUUGCUCUUACUGUAUGUGGAGCCUUUUUAAAAUAAUCCUCUGGCUGCAAUGAUUUUACUGUCGAAAACUAAGUGUAACCAGUUAAGAAUGACUGAUGUCACUAAGCCUUUUUCAUCCAUCGCAAUGUAAUUUACUGUGAUUAACUUAAUCUGUGCUUCUUGAAUGUUGACAAAAGGCUAAGAUGUUUGUGUACUAAGUACAAAGACUUAGAACUGAAUAUUCCUCCAAUUUACUGACUAUACUUAAUAAAUAUUACUGUAGGGAAAGUGUAAA